AUGCUCACGAGUGGGAGCUCUUCUUUUCUUUCUCUUUUGCUGCGCGUCUUGGAAUCGAGUCUCCUUGCUGCUCGCUCCUAUUGGGCACACAGAGUUGCUGAUCGCCUCUUUACACAACCUGUCCUAUUGGCCCAGCAAUAUCAGUCUUCCUCGGUCUCCCAGGGCCCUCAAUCUUUGAACCAGGAUGAUCAGUUUUCUGUCAAGAAGGGAAAAAAAGCUUAUGUUGAUGAACAAGUUCAGUGUCGGGAAUAG